GGAUUACCGGGUAACCCCAACAGUCGACGGUUGAACCGAAAUGCGACGGAGACGCGGGUUCAUUGUUUAUGGGUAUGUAUUCUCUACCCCAUUUCUAUAUCUAUUUUUACCAUGCCAUAGAAACUAAGGAACAGCCAUAGAACCAUCUCAUCGAAACCGCAUCCACUCGAACAGGAAGCAUGAUCAUCUGGGAUACAGGAGAAUACGAAAUCCUGCCCUACCAACCCGAACAAACGCAACCCGAAACAGACGACUCCCGUUCCGACAUUUCAUCAGAUACAUCCAUAUCAACCGUAGACUCAAGAACCGAUAGUGAAAAACUCCGCCAAGCGUUUCAGAAUCGCAAAAUCCGCCUCCGUCUCCACGGAACAAAACUCCCCAAAAACUACACCAUCAUCCUCCGUCUCGACAAAAACAUAGACUUCAGACGAAAUCCUACUACACCCCGAAAACGGCGUCGUCGAACAAUUCCAAACCUUAAAGGAGGGCCUAGUACCUCGUCUUCUGAUUCCUCGCCACCUCCAUCUAAAGGUGAUUCAACAGGGGCGCCGGCUCCUGGCGUUUCGGAUCAAACUCUAUCUGCGUCUGAGACUCCGGGUGGGGAACACUCGGAUGAAGAAGAUGAUACAGACGAACAGAUUCGGACUAAUAAUGCCUAUCCUGGGGCUGUUAACUCCAUUGGGUCGGUUCACCAGCGGAGAUGGUUUGUUACUCUUGACCGGGUGAAUUCUGGGUUCGUGGCUGAGGCUGGGUCUGGGCCUGGUGGGAAAAAGUGGGUGAGGAAAUGGGAUCCUGGGAUGGGGCGGUUGUUAGGGUUUGAGCCGUUUAAUGUUCGGGGGCCUGAGGUUGAGAGGAGUGUUGUUACUGGGAGGUUGGGGAGGGAGGUUUUGGAGGAUGAGGGUGUGGAGGGUUUUGUGCCUAGACGGGGGUGGCGAGCUGUUUUGGAAUGAGUGUUCUGUUCGUUUAUUCUCCUUGAUUUAUAGAUAUGACGCUGCUACAAGUAUGACAUGAGCGUUUGGAAGACAAUUGUGUCUGUUUG